AUGGAGGAGGUGAGACUCUCGACGUUACCUUUAGUGCAAGUUUUGAUCCUUCAACCCCCAUUAGGGUUCUUGGAGAAAGUCCUUAAAUUUAUUGAGAAAGAGAGCAAUUUUCUUAAGAAAGACACGGCUGAGAAGGACAUCACUGAUGCUGUUACGGCCGUGAACGAGAGGUUGAGGAAAGCGGAUAAGAAGAAGAAGACAGAGCCCAUGGAUUUUAUCUUCUUAAUAAGUGAUUUGCGUACGAUGAAGUUUAAUUAUGAUGACAUUAAACAGGAAGCAGUUCUUCCACGAAUGCAAGAUCGCGAAGAGCACAAGAGGAAUAAAGAUGAUGAAGAGAUUGUGGAUGCCUAA